AUAAAGUCGAAAAUAACUGGUGCAUGUCAAUAUUUUGUGUGUCACAUGACAAUCACAUGAUCAAGUCCAAAGUAGUCAAAACAAUUCGAUCCUAGUAGGGCCUAGGCUUGCCGAGAUCUUCACAAGGGUCUUCUGACUGGCACUGGCAGCGCUGACGGAACAGGCCUAAAACUAAAAUUAGAUAAUAUGGCUUAAUGCAACUGUAUGGCCAUGACCUUUGCACUUUGUCCAUCAGAACUAAACGGACGCUUUGUGGGAAAGGCAGAUUCUCUAGCCUUGUCUUGCAGUAGUUCACAGUAAAAAAAAAAGCUCUUUUUAUCAGUAAAGUUUCAUACUUUUGACAACAAACAGACUGAGCCUGCGGAGACUACUUGUGAUCUUCAUGAUUAAGAGCUAAUCUUAUUUAGUUUUUAGAUCAAUUUUGCCUAUGAGACAUCUCUUUGCUCUGUGGGAAAGUCUCUCUUCACCUUCACUGCUGAAAAAUCUCUUGGCCAAGUUGAAAAAUCUGUGUCGAAAAUGAGAUCCUUUUUAAAGUUCAGACUUCUACUGUGGAAGAACUUCCUCAUCCAGAAGCGAAAGCCAAUCUUGACCUGCUUUGAGAUUGGGUUACCCACGCUCUUCUCCCUCAUUCUGAUGGUCCUGAGGUUGAGAGUUGAUUCGACACCUCAUUCUGAUGUCACAACCUGGAUUCCCUGUGACUACUCUUAUAUACCCAAGAACCUUCUGGGCAGGACGCUUGGCUACGCCCCACAGAACGAGGUCACUGACCGCAUGAUGGCACGGGUGACAGCGAUGACCAAAGUUAAAACCCAAGCAUUUCCUUCAGAGGAGGCUUUCGUGGCAGCAGCGACCAAUGCAAGCAGUGCGGUGAAACAUGAGUUCCUUGGGGGUGCUGUGUUCCAGAACAGCUUCAGUCAGGUCAACAGAACAAUGACACUGACGAAAAAAGUGGACUACAAGCUGCGGUUUAACUAUUCCCCGGUUGACUCCUCUAGUACAGCGACGGGGAUUAGGGGGGACUCGUCCUGGUCAACUCGGUUUAUGUUUCCUGUCUACCAGAUUGUGGGUCCAAGAGAGAAAUCAAGCAUUUGCAAUUGGAACCCUGGCUAUCAACGAGCAGGGUUUCUAGCAGUCCAGCAUGCGGUGGAUGAUGCUAUCAUGCAUGAGGUCCUUUCGGGAGAGGCCUUGAAAGAAUAUACGGAGACAGUUGUGAAGUUACGCCGACAGCCGUAUCCCCCGUACAUAGAGGACAACUUUGUUCUUGUCCUGCAGCAGCAGUUCCCCCUGGUGAUCAUGCUGAGUCUGGUGGUCAUUGUGUUGGGCAUCGUGCGGGACGUAGUGCUGGAGAAAGAACGUCGGCUCAAGGAGUCGAUGAAGAUGAUGGGCAUCAACAACUGGCUACACUGGGUGGCCUGGUUCACCAAGCACUGUCUGUUCCUGCUCAUCUCCGUGGCUGUGAUGACGCUGUUUUUCUGUGUGGAGCUGGACUCUGCCAAGGGGGCAGUGGUGGCCAAUACCAACCCUUUCAUCGUUUUCCUCUUCCUCGUCUGCUUCUCACUGGCUACCAUCACUUUCUGCUUUGCCGUCAGCGUUUUUUUCAAGAAAGCUAACACUGGAGCGGCCGUGGGAGGAAUCCUCUUCUUCUGCAUGUACAUACCAUACUUCUUCCUGCAGAAACGCUACGAGACCUUGUCCCUGAGUGAUAAACUGGUGGCUUGUCUCGACUUUCAGGUUGCCAUGGCGUUUGGGGGGAACCUGCUGGGCCAGUUUGAGGGAACUGGCUCUGGCAUUCAGUUUUCCAACCUGACGUCGGGCGUGUCAGUUGAUGACGACUUCUCCAUGGUACUGGUACUGGCCAUGCUGCUGUUGGACUCGGUUCUGCACUGCCUGGUGGCCUGGUACGUGGAGGCGGUGUUUCCCGGAGAGUACGGCACGCCCCAGCCCUGGUACUUCCCCGUCCUGCCAAGCUAUUGGGGCUGCCUGCAGAAACAUGAGGAUUAUGUGGAUAUUGAUGGGGCCGUCAGUGUGGGCCAGGAUCCUUCCAUGUUUGAGAAAGAACCUAACGAUCCUGCGGGAAUCCAAAUCAGGAAUUUGCGAAAGGUGUAUGGGAAAGGUACGUCAAAGAAGGUUGCUGUGGCUGGUAUGACCUUGAACAUGUAUGAAGGACAGAUCACGGCUUUGUUGGGCCACAACGGUGCUGGGAAAACAACAACCAUGUCAAUGCUCACAGGGUUUUACCCGCCAUCCAGCGGUACAGCCAUCAUUAGUGGAUACGAUAUUCGACAUAGUAUCAGCGAAGUUCGGAGCAGUCUUGGACUGUGUCCUCAGCAUGACAUUUUGUUUGACAACCUUACAGUGGAAGAACAUGUGAUCUUCUUUGGUUUGCUGAAAGGAGUGCCAAAGGCAGAGGUGAUCCCACAGUGUGAAGAGAUGCUGAAGGAUAUGGAACUGUUCCCAAAGCUCAAGGCUCGGGCUAAGACACUUUCAGGAGGCAUGAAACGCAAGCUGUCCGUCUGCAUCGCUCUCAUUGGCAAUUCUAAGGUGGUUUUUCUGGAUGAGCCUUCUUCGGGGCUGGACCCAAAUGCUCGCCGCAACAUCUGGACUGUUUUACAGAAGAACCGAGCUGGACGCACAAUGGUGCUGAGUACUCACUUCAUGGAAGAGGCCGACCUUUUAGGAGACCGCAUCGCCAUCAUGUCCAAUGGAGUUGUCAAGUGCUGUGGAAGCUCUCUGUUUCUGAAGAAAAAAUAUGGUGCUGGCUAUCACAUGGUUGUGGUCAAAGAGUCCAGCUGUGAUGUGAGCAAGGUGAUAUCAGUGGUCAAGUCCCACGUGGAGCCAGCGGAGGUGGAGAGUAAUGUGGGUGCUGAGCUGAGCUUUGUCCUGCCGCAGGACUACGUGGGUCGUUUUGAGGGGCUGUUCCAGGAACUGGAGAACCGACAGAGAGAGCUGGGCAUCAGCAGUUUUGGUGCUUCUGUGACUACCAUGGAGGAGGUCUUUCUCAAGGUUGGGGAGUCAGACGAUGAAGAAGUCAAGGAAAGACUCCACACUGGAAUCAAUAAGACCGUCAUCAAUCGUCCAGCAUCGAGUUCUAGUGGGGACAGCGGCUUGGACAGCCAGCCUUUGCUGAGGACCAGUGGUGACGGCUAUGGCAGCAUGAGCAAUGGUAACUCUGUGCCCCCUGUGGCAGUGACUCAACCUUCAAAUAGGAACGGAGCAGCACCGAUUUUCUUUGACCUGAGAGAUGAGGAUGUCAACUGGUCUCCGCAGAUUUUGAAUUUGUCGAAACGUCUGUCCAAGAACCAUCGUGUCUCUCUUUUCGCGCAGCAGUUUUGGGCCAUGCUCUUAAAGCGGGUGCUGCACACGCUGCGCAACAAACUAAUCACAGUGACCCAGCUGGUGGUGCCGCUUUUCUUCACAGUCAUGGGAAUCAUCGUGCUCAAGACCAUGCCAUCAUUCAUCGACAUGCCUCCUCUACCACUCACCGCUGAUCAGUAUGGUUCGAACUUUGUACCGUACUCGUCAGUGAAAGAUUGGUCAAAGCUUGCUCAAGUCUAUGGCUCCCUGUUCCGUAACCAGCCUGACACCCACCCUAUAAAUGUUGAUGACACUCCUGGAUAUAAGGACGAUCCAAGCGUUGUUAAAUUUUUGAUUGACCAAGGUGAGGCAAACGUGGCAGCAUAUAAUCUGCGUUAUCAGGUUGCUGCAGAGUUUAACAAGAGUGCUCAAAAACGCUCGGUUGUAACAGCCUACUACAACAACCAGGGCUUUCAUAGUAUUGCCAUUUCAUUUGCUGCUAUGUAUGAUGGACUUAUCAAAUACUACACCAACAGCUCUGAAUAUGAAAUUCUUACGACAAAUGACCCGCUCCCAAGACUUUCAUCCGAUAAGGCUCGAGACCAAAAAAGCUUGAGGGACCCUUCAGCUUUCAUGUUUGGCUUCAACGUAGGCUUUGGCAUGGCCUUCUUAGCUAGUAGCUUCGUCCUUUUCCUGGUGAAGGAGCGAGCUACCAAAGCCAAACAUAUCCAGUUCGUGUCUGGUGUCUACCCAGCCAACUUCUGGCUGUCUACAGUGUGCUGGGAUCUAGUUAACUACAUCAUUCCUUGCAUUGUGAUUGUCAUCUGUUUCUUCAUUUUCUCCAUUGAGCCUUACACAGAAGACUUGCACUGGCUGGAUAUCCUCUUGAUGUUUUUCCUGUAUGGAUGGUCCAUGCUGCCAUACAUGUAUUUAUUCUCGUUUGCCUUUACUGUGCCAUCGACUGCAUAUGUGUGGAUCACCAUGUUCAACAUUCUUACAGGUGUGACGACCAUGCUAGUGGUGGUCAUCCUGAGCAUCCCACAAAUAGGGCUGGAGGACGUGAGCGUGAUUCUUGAGUGGACCUUCAUGGUGCUUUUCCCAAACUUUUCCCUGGCCCAGAGCCUCUAUGAGUUCUACGAGAACCACCAGGCUCUCGCCAUCUGCACCCCGGAGUACAGCAGCGCUGAAUUUUGCAAGUUCUCUCAGUUCAUGAACAUCUCCAAUCCCUGUUGUCCUGGAAUCUGUGGGGAAUUCUGCCUGACUUUCAACAGAGACUAUCUUGGAUGGGAGAAAGGCGGAAUUGGACGUUUUCUUUUCUUCUUGACUGUGCAGGGAAUGUGUCUUUGGGUUCUGAUAUUUUCCUUUGAGUAUGGCUGGUUAAAGAAAUUGUGGUAUAAGAUGACGGGGAGUGAGAGGACAGAAGUCCCCCCUCCGGGUGCAGUAUUCACAUCGCAACUGAGUCGGGACAGUGUGGUGCAGGAGGACGAAGAUGUUGCCAGGGAGAGAGGGCGCAUCGACAAUAUGGAUCGCCAGGCAAUUGUCAGAUCAGAGAAACUGGUGCUAAACAACCUGACCAAGUACUAUGGUCAGUUCCGUGCCGUUGACCACUUGAGUGUGGGGAUCCCGCCUGGGGAGUGCUUCGGCCUGCUGGGCAUCAACGGGGCGGGCAAGACCAGCACUUUCAUGAUGCUCACUGGGGACUCCAGUAUCAGCAGCGGUCAGGCCUACCUCGACUCUUACAACCUCAAGACAGAGACAGAGAUGGCCCGGAAGAGACUUGGGUACUGCCCGCAGUUUGAUGCACUCAUUGACCAGCUGACUGGGCGAGAGACCUUGACCUUGUUUGCCCGCCUCCGGGGUGUGGUCGAGAAAGAGAUUCCCGAGGCUGUGGAGAACAUGAUGGCAGCUCUCACCUUGACCCAGUAUGCAGACAAGCAGUGCCAGACCUACAGUGGAGGCAACAAGAGGAAACUGAGCACAGCCAUAGCUCUGAUCGGGGAUCCGGACGUGGUCUUUUUGGAUGAACCAACAACUGGAAUGGACCCCAUGGCUCGUCGCAUGCUGUGGGAGGUGCUGUCCAUGGUGAGGGACAGCGGGCGCACUCUCGUGCUCACGUCUCACAGUAUGGAAGAGUGUGAAGCUCUCUGCACCCGCCUAGCUAUCAUGGUGAACGGACAAUUCAAGUGCCUUGGCAGCAUCCAACACCUCAAGAACAAGUUUGGCGAAGGCUAUACCUUCACAGCUAAAGUUGCCAUACCAGAGGAACACGAUGGUGCGGCUGGGCUGCCAAACCUGGGUCCUCUACGAGAAUUCAUGGAACAGACAUUCCCCCACAGCACACUGACGGACGUUCAUGAGAACAUGGUGAACUAUCACAUCAGGGACACCAGCUUGUCCUGGGCACAGGUGUUUGGUGAGAUGGAACGUGCCAAAGAGAAACUGGGAAUCGAGGACUAUCUUGUGAGUCAGACAUCUCUUGAGCAGGUGUUUAUUUAUUUUGCACGAAUGCAGAACAGCCAGGAAAAUGCCACUGGAAGCUCAAAUGGUUUUUGCAGAUCUUUUUGUUGUUGUUUGCCGUGUUGUCAUGGAGGUGAUGAGAGCAUAGCUAGUGCUCCAAGGUAUAGGAAAAUUUCUGAAUGAGAAUAUGGACAUUAAAUAGGGCUUAAAAAGUAUAUCAUUUAAUGAUUAUGAAGAAUUUUUAAAAACAUGCUGAAAUGUUUUGGUCUCUACAGAGGAGUGUGCGAUAUUCUACUGAAAGUUUCUCAGAAACGCAGAUUCCUGAAACUAAAAUGGCAGUCACCUUUUUUUUUUUCCGAUAUAUGUUCUUUGGGCCUACAAAUAUAACUAAUUGCAAACUGAAAUCGAAAUUCAAAUAUCGUGGUAAUAGUAAUUGUGUAAAUAGUACUGGCAUAUAGUCAGUUCUGGGAUGUAGUGGCCAGUUUCUAUGUAAGAAGGGUAGUACCAGUAGCCCUGUGUUUUUUGUCAAGUUAACAUUCACUCUCAAAUUCCCUGUUUGCGGACCCCACAUCUCUGCCGCCCCAAGGCAAAGGGAAAUAUCUGAAAGAGUUGAGUUUUUUUGUUUUAUUGCCCUUUUUCACUAGUCUUGCCACAUAUCCUUCUUGUUUCAAGAGUCGGAUGAUGUUUUUACAUCCAAAAUAGCAGUUUUCAAAGUGGUAUAUCUACGCAAGUGGCUGAUUUCAAUAAUGUCAACAUUUUUUUCAGCAUUUUUCUUAAAAUCAUGAAAUGUGCAGUUUCAUCACCCUGCCUUUUGACAGCAGAUCUGUACUCACAAGAAAUGAUUAUUUUGUUCUGUCAUGUGCCAUGAGUCUGUAAAUUGUGGUUGUUUUUAACAUUAAACCAGUUCGUUUCGUUUCAGUUUGUUGUACCUUCUGGUUUUAUAUUGUCUUUGAAGUCAAUUGAAAUGUUUACAAUUUAAUUAAUUGUAGAAUGUCUUUCCAAAUUGGAAGUUACAUAUUGUGUUGACUGUUGCUAUUUGUUGCGAAGAGAUGUGAACGGAAAAAUAUAGUAAUGGAUACCGACAAUGGUUUUUGACUAACAUAAUUAUGAAGCUGAAUAAGAUGUCUUUAAGUACUGUUUUGAAAAAUUGUAAUAUCUGAAUUCCUUUUGUUACAGGUGUUUUAUUUUUUGUUGUAUAAAAAUCAACUGAGGAGUAUAUCAUCAAAAACGAUUUAAAUUCCACUGUUUUUCUGUCUGGUCAAUUCAUAGACAACAUAAUAUCGGAAUAUGGAUGAUAAAUGUGUAAAGAACUUGCACUCAUGGAUAAGGGAAACGAUGAUACCAACUUGUAUUCCAUGAACAUAUUAGAAAGAAGUAGGGAAAUGGAGUAGAUGGUUCUUUUGUUAAACUGAGGUUUGUUUUUCUGUGUCUUUUUAACAUUGUCUCAAUUAGGUCCAUGUAUUGGAUUGGUGAAAUGAGAAACAAAAUACCAACUCAUAGAAAUGUGAACUUUUAUCACAUCUUGGUUUGCUGCUCUGUUUCAGGUUAUGAUUUUAUAUACCAUUUUAUUUAUUUGCUUGGGGAUCAGUCAACAGGCAUGUUAUGCUUUUGUGUUCAUUUUAGAAUUGGAUUUUAAAAAAUCUGGUUUCAUUGUUAUUCUAUUUCAUAAUGUUGAAAAUAAGAUUACAGAGAAUACCUUUUGUAUUAGUGAUAGAAAUAAAAUACAGAGAUAUACGACAAGUAGUGGCACACACUUUGGAAGAAUCUAUUUUUCCAAGGGAUGUCUCAAAUGUUUAGUACAAUAUCGGUACUUACUUUAAUGCCAUAUCGAUGAUAAUAUAGUGGUCAUUUGCACUUGUGUUCACUGUUUCUGGUGAUAAAGUAGGGUUCAUUUUGCCAUGUUUGUCUUUUUCUCUUGAUCUCAUUUGAUGACUUAAAUGUCUCCCCCAAGGAUAUUUUUAUAGGUCCUUUUUCUUUUUCUGUGUUUCUUUGCUUUAAAACUUUUUGUCAGCUGAACCAAAUCACUGUCCUCCUCAGAAUAUUAUUUUGUGUCAUUAUUGAAUAAUGUACCUAGUUUAUUUUUUUGUUUCUGCUGUUAAUAGGUGGGGUGAGCUGGAAGAAGAAAUGGUUUGUACCAAAACGUGUUUGUGCAUUCUUUCAUAUUUGUCAGUAUAAUGUGAUGGUUUGUUAAAGUGCCAUGCAUUCUAUUUGGCUGUGAUAAUCGUCACAGGUUGUUGAUUCAUGUUAGAACUGUUGGAGCUAGAAAGCUUGCUCUGUUGAAAUGAAAUUCUCUAGACUGUUGCUCCUGGAGAGCCUACCGAUUAAGAUAUUAAGGGGAAAGCUUUUAAAACUUCUAGUUUUUAGGAAAAAAAGGGCAUUUGUACAAAUGAUUCUUCCAUAUUAUUUUGUCCCAUCUUGAAAUUCUUUAAUUCUGUAUUUUGGAUUAAAGUACAUAUUUUGGUUGAGUGAUUAUGUGAUGCUUCCAUGGAAAGAUAGAAUCAUUUCAUAAAUCCGUCCAAGGCUUCAGGUUUCCCCCCUUUGUAGAAGAUAAGAUUGUCGUCUUAUAGCUCUUUGUCUGCUAGUAAUGGUUUUUUUUUGGGGGGGGGGGGGGGCUUUCUGCUUCUUCUGUUUCUUGUCUAUGUCUCUGUUGUUCUCAUCAUUUUCUGGUGAAAUGUAGCCAUUAUUAUACCAUUUUGCCAUAAACUGCAAUAUAUCUAGUAUUUGCCUAGAUUUGUUUUCUUCAACAUUCCGAAAUAAAAAUCUUUGUGUAGUAAUGUUAUGCCUGUAUUUACCCAUUCAAAAAUGUUAAAGCCUCCUUGGAUCCCUCAGGAUGCUUGCACUUGAGCUCUUUUGGAUGGACUGCUAGAUUUACACCAAGAUAUACAGAGAUAAAGUAGACAGUAGGCCCAUCUAUUGCGUUAUACUGACCACUGCAAUGGAAUAGCAUUUGUGAAAAGUCUGACGUUACAAAUUUUGUUUUCUCAGGCAAAAUAAUUGGACGCCUUUUUUAAAGAUAAAACUGCUUUGUUUUUCUUAAAGCAAAUGAAAACUGUUAACAUAUAAAUGGUUUAUUCAUAGCUUUUAGUCCUUGGCUACAAUGAUUCCUGAAGCAUAAUGACAGAUUGUAGUUGAACUAAGAUGAUGGCCUGAGUCGUGAAUUAGUUUUGAGUGAACUGAUUUUUUUUAAAAAUUCUUCAUGUUUUUGCUGACCCUGUCUAUAAAGAUUUCAUCUUAACAGCUUUGAAACUUGUUGGUGUAUUUACACCGUCUUCUGAAAUGGUGGUAGGCCAUUAAAGAAUGCCAUAGUGGGUCUGUUGGAUUUUGGCCUUUAUCAGGCUAAGAUCAUUAUUCCAGCAUGUUUGUGAUAUGUUUCCACAACCCAACAUUCCAGAUAUUUAUUUUGAUAUUCUAUCAGUGUAACUGAAAGGGUUGAAAAAGUAAAAUGCAAAUGUGCACUUGUAUCUCUAAACACAAAAAACGGGGGUUUAUGGCUCAAUUUUAAAUUAAAUAUGAUAUCUACUUCAGGUCUUGAAUCGUUUGCAGUUUGCAUUUUUAUGUUUUUUGUUGUCCUCUGGGGCGACCUAAAUUGUUAACAUUUUUUUGUUCAUGAAAUUUAUCUCAGACUUUGGACUCUUGGCCGAUGGUUUCCACCCCAGGUUUUUAUCUAAUAGAUGUGUUUUGCCCAAGUUCUCUUUAUUCAUUUAUGACUUUUGUCCUCUCCCAAACAAAAUGUGUUCUCAAAGUUGAUGUUUUAGUGUUUGUAAGUUUGUAUUUAUCAGAAUGUUUGCAUGACAAUACUGUUGCCCUUAUUUUUGUGCUAAAAAGUUUGGGAAAUGUUUUAGAAAAAUGUCUAUUUCUGGUGUGAAAAGCUUUCAUGUUUUUAGGCAGGAAAUCAGGAGGCAGAUUAUAGUAAUUCUGUCUGUACCAUGUCCAGAAAGUAUAUGAUGGACUCACUUUACUUGCCUAUUAUUAUUAUAUCUUUCAUAAUUUUCCAAAUUACAAAAUGAUUAUAAUAUGAAGCCUCAAAAUGGUUAGAGGAAUAUAUUAUACUCGAUAUUUCUAUGUACACAGCUAUAUGUCUGAGAGUGUGCCUGCUUUUUUUUGUAUGUUGGUAAAAUUAGUUGAACCUGCUGUAAUGGCUACCUGUCCAAGACAUUCAGCUGUACGAACAACCACUCCCCCCUUGCAGUUUUUCUAUUAUACAUAAUGACAUUGUUCCAAAAGACCACCUGUCUAAGAUGAACACUUUUCUCCUCAAUAAAUGGUUGGUUGUCUUGGACAAGUUCGACUAUAGACUGAUCUAUCUGUCCUUUCUCCUAAUUUUCCAGUAGUGGAUGGUGGAUUCAUGUGAGCCUGUAUAGAACGUUUGGGUAUGGGCAGUUGGCUUUUGCUCUUUCUUUGUCUACAUGAGUCUUGCUGUUUUUCUAACAAGUUUCCUGGCUGUAUAUUUCAUUGAUGCUGGAUCUUAUACAGGAUCUUAUUUGUCAAUGAUGCUGUGUAACUGAAAGUCAAACGGACAGAGAAAUAUUUUUUAUUAGUUCUGUCUUUGAAGUACAAAUAAUUUUUACUACUCAGUCUUUUGAUUUUAUGUCAUGAAAUUCUAAAUGACCUGCCAGUUUGUUUUUGUUACCGGGAAUUUUUUUCCUUGGUAACAAUAGUAUAGUUGUUAUGUUAGUGAAAGCUGAAUAUCCAUUUCUAUUUUUCAGCUUCAGCCCUAGCUUCUUUUCCAGUGCACCUGAACAAAAAUAUGAAGUGUUUCAUAUGAAGGCAUCUUUUAAAUUAAGAACAAGACCAUUUCUCUUUCAGUACUUAAACAAUGUAAAAACUCUAUAACUGUAAGAAGUUUCAUGAAGCGUCAAAUGUUUGUCUUGUCCUGAAUUUCUACCUGUGUUGGUUCCACCUUUCUGCAGUUUUUAAUUAUUUAUUAAUUAUUUUGAUGAGUCUGUUUGAAGUGACAUUUUUAGGACCUAAUUGAGUUCAUUGUAAAUGGAUUCCACACCAUUGCAUUUUUUACAUUUAAGCAUGCUUGUUUGUGUACUAUGUGAGAAAUGUUUAGCUCAUGGGAUACAGUAUUUUUCAAGAGCAGAUGUUGUGUUUUUUUGGAUCGCACUUGUAUCUGCAUCAAUGCUCUCUAAGGACUGCUGUGUUGCUUUGACAAUCGUCUUGAGGGUAUGCAAACUGUGUCUCUACCUUUUGGUGAUUUGUGUAAAGAAUUAGGUUCCAAUCCGCCCCUCUGUGUUUUAUUCACAGAAGUUUUAAUGCAAGUCUGUGUUUUAUUUCCAGGGAUUUCUACCACUCUCCCAUGUUUUAUGUGUUCAGUAAAGGUUUUAUUGCAAGGCUGUUGAGCAAUUUCAAUAUUUUUCUGCCUUUGAAAGUGAAAGCGCAUGUGAUAUGUGUGAACAGAAGAGUUCAAUCAAAUCAUAUUAAGACCUAUAUAGCAUUUUGAUGUGAGAAAAUAUUAGUGCAUAAAAUUAUAUUGCUUGCACUUUAAAAAAAAUUGUUGGUGAGUGUUUUUUUGACAGUCUGAAUGAGAACUUGGUUUCUUGUGGUUUUGAUACAACUAUUAAAUUUUCCCUGAUAUACUCCAGCUUAAACCUGAUGUUUGCCUUAAGUAUGACAUCAAAAUCAUCCUUGGGGGCCUUUUGGAAGGGGAAGCCACCAAUUUUCAUGGUUUGUACAUCGCGAAAGAAGUUUGGGGUGUAAUAUUCUCGAAAGAAUGACAUGCCAAUUUACAAAAAUAUAGCUGUACAAAGCCAUUAAUAAAUUUGGUGGUUCAUUGUGUGCACACAAUACACAAAAAUUAAGGGGAAAAUUCGCCCCAAAAGGAGAUUUCCAGUGAAUUGGUGUAUUUCACAUUUGGCUCCUUGUAACUUCACCUGCUUUAUUUUGUUUUAGUUGCAUGGUACCACUACUAUUGAUGUUCACAAGCACUGAUGAUAGUGUGCCUGUUGUCCAUGACAUGAGCGGUCAGACUGUUAGACCAUUAUCAAACUCUGAAUAUGUUACCAUGACUGACUUAACUACCUUGUCCUUGUCCUUUAGGCUGGAUCAAGUACCAGUGUCAGCACUCUGACAGCAUCUAUGGUUUAAUGCAAGAGACUUCUGUUCGAUUUCUAAGUUGGGGAAAAUAUUUUAUGGAGUAUCACUGUUUUCUGAUGGGAUGCUGUAUCCUAUUUAGCCCAGUUGGCCCUGACAAGUGGGAUCAAAGAUUCAUGAUCUAGAUUGUGUUAGUGAAGGUGUAAAACAGACAAUCAAUCAAUUGAUGGAGGGGGAAGUCUGAAGCAGGGUAACAUCCUGGCCUGGCAGAGGUCUUGCUUCAUUUCUUUGCCACCAUUCAUCACUUUUAUAUGUCAUCAUACAGGGUUUCAGGAGAAGCAAAAGACUUUUAAAUAUUUUAGACAGGACAUAAUUUUUAUACAAAAUGUUUAAUUAGUCUAAAUCCAGUACUACUUUAAUAAGAAAAAGAAUGAAACUAAAACCAAUCAAUGCACCUCAUCAUACUGUACAAUAUACUUGAUUUUCAUUUUUUCUAAGUUGUUAUAUUCUACAUAGUUGAAAGACGGGAACAAUUUGGAGCACCUCAUGCACACUAUGAGACAUGAACAAGUCAUGGCUUUAUUAGGCUCAUGGAUCAUGAGUAAACGUUGUGUUAUUUGGUUGAUAAUGUGGUGAAUAUGUCUUAGAACUUAAUGUGAACAUCCUGUUGAAAAGUUUAAAGUCUUCAUAUUCGUAUUCAAAAGAUAUCAUUCUAUCUUGGUCCAAUAUUUAUUUUUAUCUGUAUGAUAAAUUUCCAUAUGUGGUGCCCGAUGAACUAUCAAAUGAUACAAUACUCAGUUUACUACAUAAGAGCCUGGUUUUUGCUGUAUGGAAUGUUUUGUGUUUACAAAAAUUUAACAUUUUGUUUUCUAGUUGGCACAAAUAUCAGCUUGAUGACAUUUCAGGAAUAACAGCACAUGAUUGUGUAGUUAUUUUUCUUAUUUCAGUGAUUUUUCUCUUUUUUUUUUUUCCUAUUCUGAAAUGACCGUUAUUUGUCGAUGUGAUACUUUAUAGAUGAAACGCAGAGUGAUCAACAUUUGUUAAUUGAUUUUGAAAUAAGGUAUCUUUUGUUGCUUUCAGUUAUUUUGCUUUUUAUCAUUUAAAUAGGUUCUUGUUGCUGUUUGUGUUUUUAUUCGAUUCAUUUUAAAAUUAUUAUUUUUUGUUAAGGUUUUUUUCUGGGGGGGGGGGGGGGGGAAGGGGGGAUGUAAUUCUUUUUAUUGUAAGUCUUUAAUAAUGUAAAUUGUACUUGUAUUUCCUUAUUGCGUUAUUUGUACUUUUGCCGAUACAAAAAUAAAAAUUAAAACAAUUUGAAACAUGAA